AUGGCCUGUCCCGUGCACGAAAAUCCGAAGAUAAUGGUGUGUAUACCGUGUAAAUCUGCUGUGUGUGAUGUUUGUAUAGAAGCCGAUCAUAUUGGACACCAAUUCCAAACACUGAAAAGUGCGGCCGAGAAUGUUAUUGGGGAUCUAAAGAAAUCUGUUGAAAUUCAAGAUUAUAUGAAAAUUGAAAAAGAAUUCGAGCAUCUUUCAGCAAAAUGUCAAACAGAAAAGGAGCAUGCAGUCAGAACGAAACAAGAACUUCUUGACAGACGAGAUCAGAUCAAACAAGUAUUAGAUCACGUGACAGAAAAAGCUGUAAUCAAACUGGAACAACACAACAACUUUCUGUUUGAGGAAUUAGAUAAAGUGAAAAACAAUGCAGAAGAAAAGUGUAAAGCCAUUCGAGAUUUUAAAGAUGAUGUGCAAAGGCUUACUACCUCACACAUGUACCUGGAUGUUUUGGAAAAAGGAUGGAAAAUGAACCCUCCGGUAAUCAUUCCAUUGGAAUAUCCGAAUGUAUCCACACUCAUUUUCACACCUGGUACACCAGUAGAUGAAACUAACAUAGACAUGUUAUUUGGUCAGCUUGAACACCAGGAUUUGGAUUCCACGUUCCACAAUGAAGGCAAAACUUCCUCCCCAGAGAUAGGACAAGUUGAUACCAACAUGUUUUCAACACCCAGCAUCUGUUCUGCUGACCUGUUUGGAGAGGGGCCUGAGGGAGACCCGCCACACUUAUUUCGUGAAAGUGACGAGUCUACACAACUCAAAUCGCAUUCAAACAUUCAAAGGCUCAAAUGUGAUGUAACACUAGAUUAUCAACAUUCUUUUGAACAUGAUUCUACAGUACGGGUUAUGAAACCAACAACAGGAGGAAAAUGUUGGAUCAGCCAUUAUGGUGGAAAACCAAUUAACCUGGUAGAUAAAAAUGGUGACAUAAUCGAGGUUAUACCCGACGAGAUAGAUGACGUUAGGGACGUGUUCUGUUCCCCUGUGAAAAACCGAAUCUUGAUGGCGCACUGCAAGAAAAAGUGUAUCAAACGUGUAACGAUAAAAGAAAAUAAAAACAAAGGGAAAACUAGCUUUGCAACUUCUCCUUGGGCUCGCACAGAGCCAUUGAGGCCUUAUUCCUUGUGUAUGGCACCAAAUGGUGACAUCAUUGUCGGACUUACCGACAAAAAGUCCUGGUCAAAAGAACCCGAUUCCACCUCAGUACUGGUCAGGUACAACAGAAAUGGGAAGGAACUAGCUAGAGUUGAAAAGGAUGGACAUGGUCAAGACUUGUUCGUUUGUCCUUUCAAGAUUAGCACAAACACUACAGGUUCAGUGGCUGUUGUGAAUUUUACUAAAGAGAGACUAGGGGCUAGUCAUUUGGUGCUGUUAGAUAACAAUCUCAAUCUGACACACCGAUACAUUGCCCACGGAGUCACUCUUCCUGCUGAAGAUCCACUACCUGAACUAACUGGAAAGUUAGCGAUUACUGACGUGUUGUUCAAUCACCAGAAUCUAAUACUUGUCAGUGAGGGUCAAUCAAGAACAGUACAGCUGUUAGAUCCUAUGUGUAACCUACUGAAGGUUUUGGUUACAGACCUCCAAACCUCUCCAAUUUCUCUGGCUCUACAUGGUAAUGGGGAUCUCUGGGUGGGAUUACGUGGAGGAGAACUACAAGUAUUCCAACACACCAUUGAUUUUGUGCCUGAGGGAAAUAAACACUUGAACACAAACUAA